AUGCCCUUCAAACGCCCAGCCCCCAAUCCGACGCAGUCAGCCUCCGCGUCCGGGUCUUCCUCGUCUUCAGGCUCACCACCUCCCGCGAAACGCUCCAAGGCCUCCAUGACCAAGUCUCUGCCGGAGAUAAAGGUAUAUCUUGUGCAAGCGAAACUCGACGCGACCGCUAUCGCCGAACUGCUCACCCUGGGAGAACGGCAUACGAAGGGCGUUUGUGAGAACGCGGCGGAUGCGGACGUUAUCAUCACGGCUAUAAGCAUGCGGCGGAGAUUUGAGAGGCAUGUUCCUUGGGAUAUUGCGACGUCUAAAGCAGUGGUGACGCCCCAAUGGCUGCGCGACUCCAUCGCGCACGGCUCCGCCCUGCCUUGCGGGGAAUACGUCGCCAUCGAAGACUUGCACGAGACGACCGUGAAGAACUGCCCGGACUGCAACUGCAAGCCCUGCGCGUGCGCGGACUCCUCCGCGAGCGCGUCAUCUCCGUCGUCCUCCCCAAAACGCGCUAGGCAUCUCCCUUCCCCUCCGACAUCUCCUAGCGUGUCGCGGCACGGCACCUCGAAACAAGCCGCACUUAUACCGACGCAUCUACUGCCUCCAGACCCGCCUAACGUGACCGACCUCGCGAAGCUCAACUACAAGUCCCUCUACGCCUGUCAACGGGCGUCCCCACUGGUAAGCCCCAAUCAGGACCUCGCGCGAGAACUCGACAUCAUCCGGCAAAGCCGCGCGCUGGAGGGCGAGGAUCGCAGUGCGUUGAGCUACCAGCGCGCCAUCUCCGUGAUCAAAGCGUACCCGGAGAAAAUACGGUCACUCAAGCAGGUGCAGAAGCUGCCCUACAUCGGUGUGAAGAUCUCCGGUCUCGUCGACGAAUACCUCGACACCGGUCACAUCUCCGAAGCGCAAACAAUAAAAUCCUCCGAGCGCUUCCGCACGCUCUCGCUCUUCACCUCCAUCUACGGCAUCGGCCCGCACGCCGCGCGCCGCCUCUUCGCCCUCGGCCUCCGCUCGCUCGAUGACCUCGAGAUCUAUUAUGGGGUCGAGCCCUCCUCCUCCACCGCCUCCCCUUCAUCCCAGCCAUCGCAAAUCGUCGAGAUAGAGGAGAAGGAGAAAACGCGCCAGGCGGGAUGGAAGAGCCGGGAUAAGGACAGGGGGAAGGGAGAUGAGGAGGGACUGGGAGAUAGCUGGAUCCGCGUCGCGCUCGGGCUGCGGGAGGAUCUGAGUAAGAUGAUCCCGCGGGACGAGGUCGAGGAGAUCGGGCGCGUCGUGAUGCGCGAGCUCGACGCGCUCGAGCCGGGCUGCGUCUCCACGAUCGUCGGCGGGUACAGAAGGGGAAAGCCGGAGAGCAACGACGUCGACAUCGUGUUCACGCACCCCGACGCCGGCAAGGUCAAGGGCCUCUGCAAGCGCUUCGUUAGACACCUGCACGAACGCGGAAUGGUCACCCACGUCAUGCGUACGCCUCCUCCCCCUCCCCUCCUCUAUCCCUCACAAGCGCGCGCUAACACGAAAGCAGACCUGUCGAGCUUCCACGCACACGACCCGCUGCGCACCGCGCACUGGGACACGCUCGAGAAGUCGCUCACCGUGUUCGUCCUCCCGGCUUCCUCCGCGCUGAACUCGAGCGUGCCGGUGCGCCGCCGGCUGGACCUCAUAUUCGCGCCGCCAGAGGUGUAUUGGACGGCUGUCGUUGGAUGGAGUGGGUCGAUCAUGUUCCAGCGGGACUUGAGGCAAUGGGCGAAGGAUCGGUGUGGGAUGAAGUUUGAUAGUUCGGGAAUAACACGCCGGUACGACUCGAAAGAGUUCCACCCGAAGACGGAGAAGGAGGUGUUUGAGCUGCUCGGGCUCGAGUGGGUCGACCCCGUUUGGCGGAACGCGGACUUGUGA